AACUCUCAACGGGCGGUGAAUUUAGGAGGGCAUUUUGGCCGGACCAACCAAAUAAAUUUUAGGAUAUUUUGAUUUUCGGUCCCCUAUAUUUAUUCUAAAAAAAUCAAGCAUCUUCGAUUAUGAUCUUUCCGCGUGGCAUACUUUAAGCCGUCUGUCCAAUAAGGGAUCAAGCAGGUGGAUUCUCCGGUGCAUUAUUGCGCGCCAAUUUCCCACUUCCAGUUCCACCAGAGCACAAUCGCCCACUAUCCAUCCUCCUCCGUUUCCUCUUAAAAUUGAAACUCUCAUCGAUGAAAAGAAAAAGCGGUUAUUUGAUUAUUUAACCAACCCCCCAAAAAACACCAGUUUUUGGUUUUUGCACUUUGCAAAGAUAGGGAGAGAAAAACGAUGGGGAAUUUAAAGCGUGUUGAUCUCCACGGAAAUAGUUGAAACCAGGUAUCUAUAGAGAGGGGGGAAAGUAAAAAGUCCUUAUCCCUAGUUUUCUCUGCGCCAAGCUCUCUCCUUCGUUAAUGGCGGAUUCGGAGAAGCAAGAAACGGCCGUUAAUGGCAUGUCGGAGGAGAGGGGAGGGUCUUGUGUGGAAGGAGUGGCGGUUUCGGAUUUUGACAUGUUAUGCGCCACUGUGGCUUUGCAGACGCAAGGAUUUUCGGUAGACAAAUGGCGGAAAUUGGGAGGAAUACAUGAAGACGGAGGAGACUUCGGUGGAGUGCAGAGGAUGUGGGAAGGUGAAGUUUUAGAUUGCUUCGAUGACCGACGAAUCGCUAUUGAAACAGCAUGCUGUCCGUGCUACACAUUUGGGAAGAACAUGGGAAGAGCUGGUUUUGGUUCAUGUUUUGUUCAGGGAACUAUUUAUUUCAUCAUUGCAGUCUGUGCUCUUCUCAACUACAUUGCUUUUGCUUAUACCAAGCGAUACUACUUUCUGUACUUAGCGGUUGGUUUCACAGUUUUGACUGGAACAUAUUUAGGGUAUUUCCGUACACUGAUAAGAAAGCAGUUUAAUAUUGGGCACAAGGACAGCUUUUUGGAUGACUGUGUGAACCAUUUAGUAUGCCCCUGUUGCACGUUAUGCCAGGAGUCCAGGACAUUGGAGAUGAACAACGUCCGAGAUGGCAUCUGGCACGGCCGAGGUGACACAAUAUGCAUAGGCAGUUCCGGAGAAAGGAGCAAAGCCUUUUUUGAGCUACGGCGGCCGCCUCUGGUCUCCACCAAAUCUCCUGAUCUCUGCAGCAUGCGAAGAUCUACAGACGGUAGCGAUCACUUGUGGAUUGCAGGAGUCAACCAAUCCGAGCCCUUGGUCCCACCACCAUCUCAACACUAACUUCUUUAAAAAGGGGAAAGGUGGGGGCGGUUUCGUAGCCAGCCGACAGCAGGUCAAUUGUACAUUUUAUAUACAUACUUGUCCAUCAGCCAAAGAUUGAAAAUGACCAACCUGCCGCCGGGCCGAACAAGAUAUGUCUCAUGUUGUGUCCAGAAGGUCAAGGUGUGGGCUUGAUCUUGAUGAUCCCAAAACUCAAAUGACCCGGAGUUGGUGGGGAAUUUGCACCCUUCACCGGUUCACCCCAAAGUUAGAAGAAAAGUUGGGUUAAUAUUUGGCAAAUUUGUCGCUGUAUUUUUUUCUCUUUUGCACUUUACUUAAUGGGGUGGUAACUGUAAUUAUUCUUAUUUCUAUCCAUGAUAGAUGCAGUAUAUGCAACCCUCUACCUUAACCAAUCCAAUAUAAUUCUCUCGGUUGGGCUGCUUCA